AUGUCUGACCGCAAUCCUGCACCGCCGUCACCUCCGCCUCCACAGCACCGUCGUCGCUCGUCCUUUGUUGAUAUGUUCAACCCGCGUACAAGCUCCUCUCCUACUGCGCCGUCCUCGUCCCCUCCCUCCUUGGGCGUUCCGUCCACUCCCACCGUGCCACAACAUCGAAGAGGCACCUCGAUUACUGCUCUCGGCCUGACUACGAACCCCUCCAACCAAACUCCCUUCGGUGCUUUCGGACUGCAACGACGAGCAAGUGUGGCAACGUCGUCCAUGUCAAGCUCUCCAGACUUCAAAAACAGUUUCGGAGAUGAGCCUGCUGUUAUUGAGGAGGAUGACCCCUCCAGCGCCACUUUGCAACCUCCCUCUUCACCAUCUUUUGCCAGACGGGUCAGUUUUGGAGCACAAGCUUUAAGAGAUGUCAGACUAGGAGGGAGCCCUGGUGCUGCUGGCGGUGGUAGGCGCCCCUCCUCCUCCCUUUUCACUCUGAAUGAGAAUUCCGAAAAUGCCACUCCAUCACGUCGAGCUACGUCGGGGACGGCCAAGACUGCAGGAGAAGGCUUCAACUGGUCCGAAGCCAUACGUGACAGAUCCCGACGCUCCCCAUCCUUUUCCUCCGGCAACCCUUUUAGCCAAGGGGCCACUCGCCCUCGCUCCGCAAGCAUCUCCAAUCCUGAGCCGCCAAAGGAAAUCACAAAGCCUGUUGAGCCACCACAUGCCAAAUUAAUGAAGAAGCCAGAUGCCCUUGGUGAAAGAAUGUUACGUGGUGAUUUCAUGAUGGAUUGA